AUGUCCACCGCGCGUGCGCGUAUGCGUAUGUCUACUAGAAGACACCGUCUUUUACACUCUAUGCCCCGAGUCGUCAGUUUACUUGAACUUCCCGCUAUCUCUACCACUUUCUUCUCUUUUCCCUCUCUCUCUCUCUCUCUCUCUCUCUCUUUUUCUCUAUCGCUCACCAUUUUCCUCCAUUCCUUUUAUUCCUCUCGUCUUUGCCUCCUUCUCCUCCAUCAUCAUACUUUGCCACCCAUUUUAUUUUUUAUAAUUCGUCCUUUCCCUCUAUAUCAUUCUCCUCCACACCUACCAUUUCUUCUGCCUUAUCCCCUUUACUCACUCUAUUGUCAUUCCCCUCCCUCCCUUUUAUUCCUCCGCCUUGUCCUUCUUUCCCUCUUUACAUUCAAUACCAUCCAGCCUUUUAUUCUUCCGUUUCCUUGCUCCUCCUUCUUUCAGCUUUCUCAAGCAUCCGUUUUAUUUCUCCUCAUUCUCUUCCAUCCCUUUCAUUUCUCUAUAAUUUGCUUCAUUUCCCUCUCUAUCCACAUUCUCCUGUCAAUUUUAUUCCUCACACCGUGUCCUUCUCUGUCAUCAUUCUCCUUCACACCUUUUGUUUCUCCCGCCUUUCCCUCUCUAUCAUCAUUCUUCUCCACCCCUUUUGUUCCUCCCGCCUUUUCUCCUUUCCCUCUCAUCAUUAUUCUCCUCCAUAGCUUAUUUCCUAUUUUUUCCUCUCUAUCAUGUUUUUCCCCCCAACCAUUUGAUUCUCGCCAAUAUUUUCUUUCUCUCCUUAUAUUCCCACUCUUCCCUCGGUUUUCCCAUCUUAUUUCUUCUUCUUCUUCUUCUUCUUCUUCUUCUUCUUCUUCUUCUUCUUCUUCUUCUUCUUCUUCUUCUUCUUCUUCUUCUCUCCCUCUCUCUCUUUCUCUCUCACUCUUAUUCUCCAUUCUUAAUGCUUUUUCCCUCCUAUUCAUAAUUGCCUAA